ACGUUGGCUGUGCUUGCUGGUGCUAAUGGGAGUUGUAGUUCAGCGAUAUCUGGAGUGCCAAGUGUUCCCCAUACCUAGGUUAGUGUGUUAAGACUCUUAAGGGGUCGUUUCCAGCUAAUGAAACUCUGCAUUUAAACAAGCGUCUCUCCAAACAGCCACUCGGUCUUGAGGAGCCUGCACGAUGUUGCCGAUUCUGCUCCUCGUCGCGGUGUGCCAGCUGAACUCGCCAGGGAGCGCCGAGGUGGUGACCUCUUUUGAAGACACCUGCCCCCAGUUUUUCUUCAGAGGAACCCCUCCGAGUAUCGGGCUGGGUCCCCCGCACCCGGCUCGGAUUUGCCAGCGGUACAAAAACCAGUAUCGUUUCGCCACUCUGUACGACCAAGACAAUCGCAUCCCCGUGUUCUCUGCAUACAUCUACAACCCUGGGGAGGCCAAGAGGCCGAAUACAUGGAGGAUUGAACCCCAGCUCUUGGAUUUAACACUGCCUCCCGACAUGGAAACGGAAAGGUCUCUCCUGCAGGAAGAUUAUGCCAUGCAGGAAGCACUUGAAGGCAGCCAGGCCGUUUUGCUAGAUUACAAGAACCUGACCGAUUUCAACAGGGGUCAUCUGAACCCCAAUGGCCACCAGCCCGACCGGGAUGCCAAGUCUUCCACUUUCACGUUGACCAACAUUGUGCCGCAAUACAUCAAGCUGAACGGCGGUGCCUGGAACAACUACGAGCAAUCAACGAUGGCAAGCAAGACCCAAGGAUGCAAGGAAACCUUUGCCGUGGUGGGCGCAGUUCCAGGGGAAAGCUUCAUCGCCAAAGGGAGGGUCAACAAGCCCAGCCAUGUAUGGUCUGCGGCCUGUUGUGUCAUAGACAACAAUCACCAGAGAUCUUGGGCAAUAAUUGCCCGGAAUGACGAAAACGCAGUGCAGACUCUCACUCUGGGGGAGUUGGAGGAGAAGCUUGCAGAGUUAUAUAACCAGAGUCACAUCUCUCUCUUCGAUAGCGAUUGUCCUCGGGAAUAAAGCAUUUUCCACAGAGACAUCCUGCACGAAUCUGGUGGAUUUCAA